UUUGUCUUGCUUCAACUUCCAGCCAUAGGGUCUUGUUAGGCUUUUGGUUGCUAGACCAAAGAGCCCAUGGUCAAAUAUUUGUUUUCCAUGUAGGUACUUAUAGACUGGAACCCCUUCAACUUCACCCCUUCAACUUCUCUUUGUUAAGCCAGAUAGAUGGAUUUCCUGGAAUUUCUCACUAUAAGGCAGGUGUUCCAAUAUUUGAAUCAUUCCCAUCACUCUUCUCAGAGUCCUCUCCAAUUUAUCACUGUCCUUGAGUUUGAAGACUUUGACCUAACGCAAUGACCGAGAAAUAAGUAAGUUAAUUUACCGGUUACGGGCCAGGAGAGUACCUUGGUCCCAUUUCUCUAUCAUCUUUGUCCAAGUUUCUCACCGAGUGUAAAUGUGGUGCAACAGAAUACAGGAGUCCCACAUUCCCUUGGCCCUUCUGAAGGGUGGUGUUCCCUCCAAGUCACUGGCUGGUCGGGAGGUUGCCAGGGGAGAUAACUAAUGGACGAGUUUUGUUGGUGUCUGACAGGUGGAGAAACAGGUAAGACGGAGAGAAUUGAAGACAUCUCUAUGGCUGUGAAAGGCACCUCUCUCCCCACAACUCUGUUGGAUGUAUCCACUGGCUACUAUUAUGAUGACUCUGACUACAAUCAUGAAGAUGCGGACCGGAAGCGAGCGCUCCUUAAUAGGAUGCACGUGGUCGCCAUGGUGAUCUAUUCCAUUGCCUUCGUGCUGGGAGUGACGGGCAACGGGCUGGUCAUCUUCAUUACCGGCUUCCGGAUGAAGAGGACGGUCAACACCAUCUGGUUUCUCAACCUGGCCGUGGCCGACUUCAUCUUCACCUUCUUCCUCCCCUUCAGUGUGGCCUACACAGCCCUUGGCUUCCACUGGCCAUUUGGAAGGGCAUUGUGUAAAAUCAACACCGCUUUGGCCUUCCUCAAUCUCUACGCCAGCGUCUACCUCCUCAUGGUCAUCAGCAUAGACCGAUGCAUCUCCGUAGUGCGCCCUGUGUGGGCCCAGAACCACCGCACACCCCGCCUGGCUUUCCUGGUAGCCUUGGGUGUGUGGGUCGUGGCCUUGGCCUUGUGUUCUCCAAAUCUAUACUUCCUCCACACGGCACCCAACCCAUACAACGAGAACAUCACCAACUGCUACAACAAUUUCGACACGGCCGGGGAAGGGGCCACCGAGGAGCAGAGAACAAAGAGGUUUAACACUAACCACCGGGCCAUGACCAUCAGCCGCUUUAUCUUAGGCUUCGUUAUCCCCUUCACCGUCAUCAUGUGCUGCUACGGUGCCAUCUUGGCCAAGCUAAAGAGGAACAAGCUGACCCGAUCUGGGAAGCCCUUCAAGGUCAUUGCCGCUAUGAUCAUAGCUUUCUUCCUCUGCUGGUUCCCCUACCACAUCUUCUCCUUCCUGGUGAUGAACCGGACACCCAGCCUGGACACCGCCCUCAUUGUUGGCGUAGCUGAAUUCGACUUAUCCUAUUUGACUUACCCCACUGAAAGCAGCUUUCACCUCACUGGAAAACCAGUGACCAGCAACAUCCCUCCUGACUCCAUGCCCCAGGCUUUCCUAACAGCUCAGGGGCUGGUGAGCUGCUAUUACUGA